GCCGUGGAGCACGCUCCAGGGUUCAUGUUGCCUAGGCAGUAUGUCGCUUCCCUAACCCACCACCACUACACUGUAAACAAACGCUCAACCCGAACGUUGUAGGCCGUGUAGCUUCGAAUUUGGUCUCUGCACUAAAUGAAUAGUUCGGUGUUACAUUCAGAAGGUGCAGCUACUGCCAAUGGAAAGAGUGCGGCAAUGUCUUCGUCGUCCGUCGCUCGUGGUAAUUUGAUUCCUACAAACACGACGUCUGGACGUGUUCGACUCCAAAAAAAGGCAUCGAUGGCAGCAAAAAGCGGGUCUCGGUGGAUGGACCACGAACGUGAGAACUUACAAGCAUAUGAUUAUUUGUGUCGUAUUGGUGAAGCAAAGCAAUGGCUAGAGGAAUGUCUGCAAGAGGAUCUGGGAGUUACAACUGAUUUUGAAAAAUCGCUGAGGAAUGGAAUUGUUUUGGCUCAGCUUGCCCAGCAUUUUGCUCCAGAAUUUGUUCCCCGGAUAUUUACAGCAAAAAAACUACAAUUCAGACAUUCAGAUAACAUUAAUUGUUUUUUACGAUUCGCGAAGGCGUUAGGCCUGCCAGAAAAUUACUCGUUCGAACUUACAGACUUGUACGAGGGGAAAAAUAUUCCCAAAGUCAUUUACUGCAUCCAUGCUUUAUCGUUUCUUCUUUUCAAUGAAGGCAAAGCACCGUCACUACACAACCUUGAGGGUCAAUUGUCCUUUACAGACGAAGAAGUGACUGCAAUGCAACGGUAUCUUGACCAAACAGGCACUGCAUUGCCCAAUUUUACUGCUCUUAGCAACGAGCUUGUUACAAAGAAGCAUUUGAACAGCAACCCUCCUUCACCUUACAAAUCACCCGUUCAUGUUCAUGCACAUACACGAUCCAUUGAUGUGUCUUCGGGGCGGUCUCGUGCCUCGUCACUUGUCUCUAGUUCCGACGAAAUGCUUUUAACACCACUUACGUCUCCAAGAAGUUCUCCCCAUCGACGUAGUCGUUCCGAAUUCCCUCCUCCUUCCUUCACCUCACCCUCCCGUUCCUCUUCAAACAGUCUUCACUCACUUGCGAAGACCAUAUCUUUCGAAGAUCCCUACUUCCAAUCUCACCGAGUCGGAAACCGUAGUGAACGCAGUUCACCUGUUCUUUCUCUACGGAGCACUUUCUCUUCACCGACCCGUCGUCGUGAUGCCCUAUUUUCACCCCGUCUUAGUGCUCGGGCCGUUGUUCCAGAGGAAAUGCCAGUCGAUGUUGAAACUGUCAAACUUUUCCAGGCAAGCUGUCGUGGUAUGUUACAUCGGCUCUCUAUGGUAGAUGUGUUACAAAACCUCACUGAUCAAAUUUCUUCUAUCGAAUCAGUUCAGGCCAUUGCGCGUGGUUGGAUAGCACGUAAAAACUACGAGCUACGGCAGACGGCUUAUGAAGAAUUUCUGUCAUGGAUAAUUGCUUUACAAAGUACUAUUCGUGGCUCUCGUUUCCGUGAACAAUUUAAAAAGCAAGUGCUUGAAGCAGAAGCAUUAUCAACCGUUCCUCACAUCCAAGCUUGUAUCCGUGGUCAAUUACUUCGGCUUCGGGUUCAACGACUUCAUGAACGCUUGGAUGAAACAACCUCGUCUAUCAUCACUGUUCAAACAGCCUCUCGGGCAUAUCUCUCACGGCAUGCUACGGUGGAUUUACUGGAUAGACUUUACGAAAAAAUUCCACAAAUUACCAUUCUUGAAAGUAUCCUUCGCGGUAAACUGGUUCGACAACCAUAUCAAGAUCUUCUUAAACAAAUUGCCUCUUUUCCGACUGGCCUGCACACUCUCUGCCGUGGCUUUUUAGCACGAAAACGUUUUAAUACACUAUUGGAUCAAUUGCAAGAAAAUGAAACUAAUAUCAUACUUGUACAGUCUCUUGCUCGAGGAACUCUACAAUCUACAGCAUUCCUUGACUUCCUUCAUAAGCUGAAACAGAAACAACCUAUUUGGGUUCAAAUACAAAGUUCUGUUCGUGGGCUCUUGUUGCGAAAACGCAUUGAUUACAAACUUUGUCAGCUUGAUGAAUGUUGUGAUUCCGUUAUUCAACUGCAGUCUCUCUCACGCGCCUACUUGGUUGAAAAACAAUGUGCUGCAAUACAAGCACAUUUGCAUUCAUGCAAAUCAAGUAUCACUGGCAUCCAGUCUGCCGUCAGAGCCAUUUUAAUUCGCGAUGACAUGAACUACUUGUGCCUCCAGCUCGAGGAGCAAAUACCUGAAAUUAUAUUCCUUCAGUCUUCCAUUCGCGGCUUGUUUGCGCGUCAAUCUUAUGACCGUAAAAUGCGUAGCUUUCGUGAAAACAUGGAGAAUCCUUUUCUUGCACAACCUAUAUUCCGUGGCCGUGAUCAGGGACAAACGUACCGUGAGCUUGCGGAAGCUAAAAACCCAGCUGUUAUGACUGUGAAGCGAUUUGUACAUAUGUUGGAUGAUAAUGACUUUGAUUUUGAGGAGGAUGUUGAAAUUGAAAAGUAUCGUCAAGCAAUCGUAAAGCAGGUGCGGGAAAAUGAACUCGUGGAGGAGCACAUCAAUCAACUUGAUAUCAAAAUUGCUCUCCUCGUAAAGAAUAAGAUCAGUCUCGACGAUGUCUUAAAGCACCACGUUAGUAUGAAACAUGGUCAGUUGCCAACCGAUUUCGUUCAGGCAAAUGCUAGCACAGUGAAUUCUUUGACAAAUUCUUCAAGAAAGUACAUUGACUUAUAUCAGUGUUUACUGUACGCGUUACAAACAAACCCAGAAUAUCUUACCCGAUACCUGGAAAGACUUCUUAAUGUUCAGGAUUCAGAAUCUGCUCAAAAAGGGGCUAUACACAUUUGUCUCAAGAUCUUCGGGUUUGGCUCUAACAGACGUGAGGAAAUUUUGUUAUUAAAGGCAUUAGCCAGUUUCAUAAACAUGGAAGUUAGCAGGACAGUGUACAUAGAAGAUGUUGUGACUGAAAACUCAUUUUGGGGUAGGAUAUUCGCUGGUUUUACUGCUAACGUUCGCGAACUUCGUUUAUGGAAAAUACUACUUGGUAAAAUUCACAGACAAAUCCUACAGAAUGAUGAAUUGGAUUUGGAAGUGAAUCCCAUUACCAUUUUCCAAAAGCUACAAGGAAACGAUUUUGAAUUCAGUGAUGCGAAUCCCAAGCCAAGCGUUAGUGUGGCGAUGAAGAAUAUUGAAGUUCGUAAUCUCUAUGUUUUCCGUUUGCGUGCCUUACGGAAAUUAUGUCAGGCAUUUUUGGUUACGUUGGCGAAAAAUAUGGAUGAAAUCCCCUAUCCACUUUGCUUCCUUUCGUCUAUUUUGAAGCAAGCUCUUGAGAAACAAUAUCCGAAAGCCGAGCGUCACAUCAUACUGGGUGUUGUUGGCCAAUUCAUUUACUCGACUUACAUUGCUAAUGUGCUUGUUUCUCCGGACAAUUAUCGUUUAGUUGAUGGUCCUAUCACGGCUACGCAGCGAAAUAACUUGACAGCCCUUUCCAGUAUAUUGCGCGAGAUUUUCUCGCUCAUACCGCGAACAGCUACUGAACUUGGGUUUUUCAGGCCUCUUGCAGAAUUUAUUCAAGUCUCAAAGCAAGACGUCGCUUUUUUGCUGGAACGGUUUGUUGAUAUUGCCGAUCCGGAAACUUACUAUGAUUUCGAUUGUUUUGAAGAUUUGACAACAACGAGGAAGCCAAUUCUUUACCUUAACAAGGAUGACAUUCUCACUGUCUACUCUAUGGUAACGAAGUUUACGGAUACUUUGGCUCCUUCUGAAGAUGAUCCACUACGUGAGAUUGUCCGACAAUUAGGACCUUUAAACCAACAGGACUCUGACUUCCUUAAUCUUCGCAACGAAAUUAAAUUGGAGCUUAAUCCUCGUUAUUGUACUGUUGAAGACCCGGCUGCACAGGAGCGAGCCCUCGUGGUGCAAACGAAACGCUACAUCUUGUUUAUUAUUCGUGUUCAAAAUGGAACUUCACUGCUAAAUAUUCUUGUGAAGCCAGUUACUGAUGACGAUGAGGAUGUUUGGCAAACUAUUCUGGAAGAGGAUAUUACCAAACAUGAGCGACGAGGAGAAAGCUUUGAUGAGAGUUUAAUUGAUCUUUCAUUUACGGAAUUGAAAUAUGCAGCCUUACAGAACGUUGUACAAUUAGAAGCUCUUGGUCUUGCUCGCCGCGAAAAUCAAUAUCAGGACAUCGUGAAUUCUAUUGCUCUCGAUAUUCGGACGAAAUCUCGACGUCGUAUACAACGUCAGCGAGAACUUGAAACAGCUCGUCAGACGCUGCAUGGUUUAAUUGAGAAACGCGAAUACCUGGAAUCUCAGCUGAAAAGCUACAAUGAAUACAUUGAACAAGCUAAGGAAACUCUUCAGUCAAAGAAAGGCAAGAAAAAGUUAUUGCCAUUUUCAAAGCAGUAUUUUCACAUUCGCGAUCUUCGCAAGUCUGGACAAGUUCCCAAGUUUGGUUCAUUUAAGUAUACGGCUAUUAAGCUGUAUGAAAGAGGAGUGCUCGUUUCUAUGAGCAGCACUUUACAGCAGGACAAGUUGUAUAUAACGCUGUCUAGUGACGAAGUUGGCAAGUUUGUUUUGCAAGCUAUUACUCAAAACGUUGUGAUACCCAACGGUACAACUGAACUGAGCCUUGAUGACCUGCUGGAGGCCCAGUACAACAAAGUCCUUACUCUUCUUGUCUUUAACGGAAGGGUAAAACUCAACACAAACAUGCUUCUGCAACUCAUCUUCUCAAAAUUUUACGCAUAAUGUUUGGUUAUUUUCGUUUUUAAUUCUUCAUGUCUUUUACGUUUUACGUGAACGUUUUUGUUUCUGCUUUAGAGACACGUUUUGUCUCGUUUUUUUUUCAACCCAUCGUUUUCUCAUAUUGCAGCACAUGGAACUUUGUUUGAAACAGACUGGUUAUUUGUUUCAAUCACAUUACAGUUCAUGUUGUUUGCUUUUAUUCCCUAAAUGUGAGUCGAAUUCCUAUUUUAUAUCCCCUUAACACAUCUCGUUUUUCCCGUUCUUUUUAAGCCUUACAGUGCAUAUAUCUAAUAUCAUAUAAUAUGAAAUGAAAUUGAUUGCUGGAUAGGAGGACUUUGUCAAAAGUAUCUCUUAUAUGAAAUAUUAUUAUGAAUACUGAACUAUAAAAAUAAAUGUUCUCGUAUAACCCGUGCGACGAUUUUUCCAUGACAAUGACCAAG